GUUCUGUUACCAUGGAGACGAGUGAAGCCCAGACUAGCCGCGCUGAUAGAAUAGACAUGCAAACAACAAUGUCCAAGUCCCCUUCAAGUCCAGGGGUCAAACUCAACCCAGCUGAAAGCUUCAGCAAGAUGAGGAGGAUCAUCGCUGAAGAUCCGGACUGGUACCUGAACAUAGUGCCUUGUUUGUCAGACCUCUGCCUGCAAAGCAUCGUCAGUAACUUUGAGGAAAAUCCCAUGUUUGAAGUCCUCACACCCACCCAGAAAGACUUCGUCCACGAGAGACUGUCCACUUCCCUGGAUCUGCAGGUGACAGCCAACAUGGUCAGCGACGGCGUCUACUGGAAGCGAUGCUGCGAGCAGCGGUGGGACAUCUGCGACCUCUCUCAUUACGGCAACAGCUGGAAACGGAUGUUCUUUGAGAGACACAUGGAGAAAAUUAUCGAGCUUUUCAUCCCAGACGUGACACAGACAAAGACCGUGCUGGACAUGAUACCUCUUUGUAAGAACUAUGUCAAGAGGCUGGACAUCUCCCAACUCCUGCCGCCUGUCAAGGAGCCCCAGAACGAGGAAGACGAAUGUGGCUCAGAGUUCUCGAGUGACAACGAGUACGACGAACCGUCCAUGGACCACUUCGACUUUAACAUCCUGCUCAGCAAGCUGACGAACCUGGAAGAGCUCCAUUUGAUGUACAGGGUCAAACAAUGCGGGAUGAACUUUGAAUGGAAGAUGUUUGAGAUGACCGACAGAGAUUGCGAGUCCCUCGCCAAGGCCCUCAAGUCCUGUGAGACUUUGAAGGUUCUGAGGAUCCGCGAAAGCCACCUCGAGGACGAAAAGUGCAGGCUGCUGGUGAAGUACCUAUUGGACCACCCGUCCCUGAGGGAGCUCGACUUUUCUCACAACCUGAUCGGAGACAGAGGAGCCAGAGCCGUCGGCAAACUGCUCACCAGGAGUAAACUGGAGAUCCUGAACAUGUGCGACAACAAUAUUAGAGGCCCCGGAGCCAAAGCUAUAGCUCACGCCUUGUGCAAGAACUCCACCCUUGUGUCACUCAACCUGCGUCUCAACCGUUUGCGAGAUGAGGGCGGCGAGGCUCUCGGCAAGGCCUUGCUGGAUAACAACACCCUGCUUCACCUGCACCUGGGAGCCAAUGAGGUGACGGGGCCCACAGCUAUUGCACUGUCUAAAGUGUUAUUUCAGAAUAACACCCUGAGGAGCAUCAAUCUCUCCUGCAACAACCUGGGUGUGCUCGGAGGUAAAGCUCUGGAGGAGGCGAUGUCUCGCAACACCAGCGUGACAGAGUGUGAUAUCCGUCUGACGGAGGUAGACGAGCAGAGCGUCUCCUACAUUAACCAGGCGGUUUGGAACAACCAGAGUUUGGAGCAAAAGAAACACGGUCGAGAGAGUAAAACCAAGUAGACCAAAACCCGUCUUUAUUA